AUGUCUGCGCGACGUGUGGCUAAUACUUCUCACACUAAGAUUGCUACAAAGUCGGCUACAGCGUUCCAAGAAGAUGCCGACAAGGAAGACAGUCGGUUGAUUCGAGACAUCAAGUUGAUAUCCAAUGAUAAUAAGCUUUCUCCAGGGGUGUACCGCAGCCCUGAGAUCUCCAGUCCUUAUCGUGGAACAUCGGAACAAAUAUUAAGGGGUAUGGGAUCCCCGAUCCAGAGACCCGAACACCAUAAGAACACACCAAGGGGAGGUGACAUUGAAAUGGAGCCGUCUGACAACGAAGACGAGCAGUCACAAUUUAAUGGUGGUGAUGAAGACGCGUUUGUGCCGCCUCGGGCGCUGGCGUUCCCUCGGCUACGGGAUCUAGACGGUCCCAUAGAUGAGAACAUCUCCAAAGAGUCGAUGAUCCAAAGCAUUGACCGGACUUUAGAUGAAGUGUUUGGCAGCGUUCAGCAUAAGGAUGACGGUAUACGAAGAAGAGGUGAUCAGUCGGAAGUAGGUGAGCCGAGUUUAGCUCAUACCCUGCCACGGUUUCAGGAUGUACUUACUGGGACGAUAGUGGGAAAGGGUGAUGAUGUUGAUGAAGUUGACUCUGAUGGUGUUGGCUCUGAUGAUGAUGGUGAUGAUGAUGAAGUUGACUCUGAUGGUGUUGGCUUUGAUGAUGAUGGUGAUGAUGAUGAUGAUGAUGAUGAUGAUGAUGAUGAUGAUGAUGAUGAUGAUGAUGAUGAUGAUGAUGAUGAUGAUGCAGACUUUGCACUUGAGACUCUAGAGAAGUUAAAAACAAUGAGUUCAGUAAAAACACGUUCCGAGCGGACAACGAAGAUCCCUUCACCUAAACUUGAUAUCUCUAGGGAAACCGAGGCUAGUGUUAGGAAGAACGCAUCCACGAGUUCUCCCUUAAGGAACAUACUUGCCUCUUCCAGACCACAAGUGACCCCGAUAUCCAAGACCAAUAUUCCGUCUCUCCAGGCGUCCAAUCCAAUCAAAGAUUGGGAAAAAGAACGGUGGUCACGACUAGAAACACUCAUCAAGAGUGGGCUUUCAGAUAAAGAACUCAAGGACUUGGCUCAACCCAUAUUUAAAACUACAACUGCGGACUUGCAAGUCCGAGUACAAUUUAUGAGAUACUAUGUUGAACACGAAAACACUAUAUGUGGACGGAAAACAAGACGGCCUCAAUGA